CUUAUUCCUGUCCAGUCGUCAUAAUAUUCCUAUUAUUGACAUUCCUAUUACUUCACGUCAAUGCCAUUUUAGGGGUCAUUGAACAUGAAAGGGAACAACGUAUACAAAUGCAGCAAUCGAUGGAAAGUCUUCUGAAGUCGCAGAAAUUGCAGAUAAUCAAACUGCGAGAGGAACUUGACAACGAGAAGCUGAUGUCAAAACAAAAGGAAAAUGAAUACGAAGAGCUUAUUAUGGUCAAACGGAAAAUGAAGCAAUUGGAGCAAGAGUUAAUGGUUGAAAAACGCUUGAAGCUCGAAGUCAAACAGACUAAAGAAGAAUGUCAGGCUGAGAUUGACGAACUGCUCUUAGAAAAUGAAGAAAUUAGAAAGAAGUUGAGAAAAUAUCAUCAUGAUCUUGAACGACUUCAUGACGAAAACAGGUCUCUUGUCUCCGACUAUAACUCCAUGAUGGACAGAGGUGAAGUCAUAGAAGCAGAACAACAGCUCAAUUUGAUGCAAGAACUCAUGGAGGAAAAAUUUCAAGAGGUGAGAGCUGAUUUUGGUAAUGAAAUUGAAAGAUAUCAAUUCGAAGCUAAAGAAUUCAAGCAAAAGUUUGAGCAAACUGCUGCAGAACUAGAAAAAGCUCAAUCUGAGUUGGAAGCAGUUGUUCUGUACAGACAGGAUGAUAUUGACAGACUUUUAAAAGAAAAACAGGCCCUGAAAGUCGACCUUAAGAGCAAAAAGGCAAAACUGCAGUGCUUAGAAGCUUUGAAUGGUGAGCUAAAAAGCAAUCUGAAAGAAAAGGAAAGUCAACUAAGCCAAUUUCAAAACUUCACCAGCUACAAAGACGGCAAUGGGCAGCUAGAUGCCUCUGAGACACUAAUUUUAGAAAAAUGCAGGGAGAUCGAGCAACAACAUAUAAAAGUUGAGGAACUACAAGACAUAAAUCCUGACAAAGAAACAUUAAAGCUUAAAGAAGAGUUGAAUCAAUUGAAGAAAGAUCAACUAGUCAAAAAAAGGGAGAUUGAAGACCUUAAUAAGAAAAAUGAAGAGUUGAGACAACUUUUGAAAGAGCUUCAAGGAAAACUGCUCCAUGAAGAAUUGAGCCACGAGGAGAAUGUGAAAUCAACAAAAGAGCAAGAAAGAAAAUUAGAAACAAGUCGUGCCGAAUUUGAGCAGGAGAACAUUUCCUUGAAAAGAAAAUUAACAGAUGCAGAGGUUCAAGCACAGGCCUACUCAAAACAGCUCUUAGAUAUGGAAGAAAAACAUAGAGAACUCACAGAGAAAGUUGACAACAGCAUCGAGCGGGAGAAGUUUCAAUCAGUCAUGGAUCAACUCGAUAAUCAAAGCUCUAAAAUCGAAGGUUUGUUGAAGGAGAAAGAAAAUCUUCAAACAUCAUUUAAGGAAGAGCAAGAAGAUCUCAAUGAAAAGUUAGACAAAGUUCUUGAUGCCAAUGUUGAUCUGGAGAAAAGCUGCAUCGACCUAGAGAGUAUUUUGGAACAGAAAAAUGCAACAAUCAAAACAUUAGAGACAUCUUUGAAAGAAAUACAGGAAAAUACCAAGGUAACAACAGCACCUUUGACUGAAGAGAACAAAAUACUUAAGGAUGACCUUGCAAAAUCACUUGAUGAAGUUGCUGCACUUAAGGCUCAGAUUAUCAAGUUGGAGACAGAUCUCGAAGCAAAGAAACAAGAAGCAACAGAGCGUUCGAAAGAUAUCAAGGAAAAGAUUCAAACCUUUGAAAAAGAGAAGGUGUCUGCCAAAGGCCAAGUAUCAGAUCUAAUGAAGAAGAUCAAACAAAUACAGGCAGAUAUUCACACCAAGGAACAAAAUUAUCAAAUAGAAAGUCAAAACUUAAAUGAGCAGCUUCAACAAGCAAGGUCACAAGAAAAGAAGCUUGUGGAGGACAACCUGAAUCUUAAGGAAAAGCUUGAUAUGCAAACCGACAUUGUUACGGAUCUGGAUAAAACAAUCCAAAAGCUACAAGAAGAAAACAGAGAGCAAGAUGCUGCCAAAUCUUCGAUAGCCAAAAUAAAUGGUCGCGUUACUGAGUUAGAAAGCAGCUGCUCAAAUUUGAAAGCAGAGUUGAAAUCAAAAAAAGAAGAAAUUGGACAGUCUUAUGCAAAGCAAGCUGACCUGUUUAAGAAGAUCAAAGACCGAGAAAAUAUGUGUGACAUGCUUGAGAAAAAGCUUUGUACAACAGAAGAGCAAGCAAAACAAGAAAAAAUGCAUUGGCAAAACAACUCUAAGAAAGAUCUGGAGCAAGCUAUAUCAACAAUUGAUGAGCUGACAAAAAGCAGAGAAGAACUGCUUACUGAAAACAUGAAACUGAAAGAACAAGUCGCUAGUUGCGAGCAAAAACAGAAGCAUCGCACAACUGUUGCUGGAAAGGAAAAAGAGCUAUCUGAAAAACUUCGAGAGCUGUCUAUGAAACUUGAAGAGAUGAAGGAAAGAGAAAAGCUAAUCCAGAAGCAUAAUUAUGAGAUUAAGAAGACACUUGAUGCAAAAGAUCUUCAGCAACAGAAACUGGAAGAAGAAGUUAAAGUCCUCAAUAUAAGGCUGGAAACUAAGAAAGGUGAGGACAAUAAGGCCAUAUCUAGCAUGGAUGCUUUGAAGAAAGAAGCUGAGGACUGGCAAAGAAAAUUUGAUGAUCUUGCCUCUACCUUGUCCGAUACUGAAGCUAACAUAGAGAUGAUUGCUAAAAGGUCAGCAGCAAAAGAGAAAGAUUUGGAGGCACAGAAGCAACAUAUAAAGGAAGAACUUGAAACUGCCAAAUUUAAGCUGAAAGAAAAAGAGGCAGAACUGCUUUUGAUGCAGAAAAGAAGUGAAAACAACGAAUUGUUGUCUAAAAUGGUUGAUGAAAGGGCAGAAGAAUUAAAAGCAAAAAAUCAAAGUAUCCAGCAGCUUGACAAGGAGAACAAAAAAUUAGUCGAUGAAACGAAAAAGUUGCAACGAAUAGUUACUGAAUUAAAGAGGAAGACAAAAGAGCUUGAAACAGACAACAAUGAGUUGAAACAAGGAAAGGGAGUCUUCGAAAAGCAGCUGGAGAAGCAAAAGACAACAUCUCGGAUUCUCAAGAACACAGAGAACGAUUUAGAGAAAGCAUAUGAUGAGAUUCAUGAGCUGAAAUCCGAGAAAAAAGAAUUACUUUUAAAAUGCGAGCAGCUUCAAACAACACUCAGUCAAAUGGAGAAUCACCAGACAGUUGAAACUGAAAAGUAAGUUAAACAUAGAGCUUUAAAGAUGUUUAUAAAUGUAUUUUGUAGACAUGCUUUAUCUUCAUGAACUUAGUCCACGUCUUUGUUCACGAAAUUCCUUAUUUAGUCUUUGUAGAUAUUCCGUAAAAGUUAAUUAAAGCCACGAGAAGGGGACCUAUCUAGUUAUUUAUGCUCGAGGGAAGGAUGCUUAAAAAAGAGAUGUCUGAUAAAUAUCUUUGAAAAAGAUUAAUAUUGACGCCUUUUAUAUUCUAAUUUAUUGAUUAUAGAGAAUGUUGCAACCAAGAUUUAGUCAAUGAAAAUGUCUUUAUCUUCAUCAGAAUCUUUAAGGUCAUUUAAUGAGUCGGAAGAAAAAAUGGGGCUUAUUUCAAAUUUGACAAUAGGAGAGUGGCUUGAUUAUUUUCGCAGUACUUAAAAUGGAGAUGAAGAGGAGGGUUCUUUGGUGCUUAUUCCAAUUCUGAUCCCAAUCAUAUUUCAAUAUCUAGGACAUUACAGUUUUAACUACGCCAAUCCCUGUAUACCAUCAUUCGUAUCUGUACAUAUUAAUCCAUGUUGUUAGAUGUUACUUUAUCUUAUGCCAAUAAAAACGAGUAAAUCUACUUGUUUGAUAAACGUUUAUAAUUUUUUACCUUUAGCACUAAAGAGAAUUUGGCCAACAAA